AUGUACGCAAACCACGACGAGGCGCAGAAAUGCAUCACCAUCGCAAAGAACGCCCUUGUUAAGGGUGAUGUGGAGAAGGUACGUGGCCGCGUGUCGGCGUUGACUCUGUUGCAGGCGGUGAAGUUCCUGCUGAAGGCGGAGUCCAUGUACCCGACCGAUGAGGCUAAGGCCCUGCUUGCAGCGUGCCGCGCCAAGGCGGCGAGCGGCAGCACAGCGGAAGCAUCCCAACCGAGCAGCAGCUCCAGCAGGAGCGCGCGUAGCGGCAGGGCUGCGAGCAGCGCGUCGGACGACCGCGCUGCCGCCGACGGGGCGCGAUCGACUGCCAAGGCGGCCGCUCUGAAUCGCGAGUGCCUGCAGAUCCUGAACAGCAAGAGCUACUACGACGUGCUCGGAGUGCCGCAUAACGCCAGCACGGACGACAUAAAGCGCGCUUACAAGAAGCUGGCGCUGAAGUUUCACCCUGACAAGAACCCUGCCAAGCGUGCGGGCGAGGCCUUCAACAAGAUCUCCGACGCCUUCCAGUGCCUGAGCGACCCCGAUAAGCGUAACUACUACGACCGUGUGGGCAGCGACCCCGGAGCCGCGCCCGAGAAGGCGUACCGCGCUCGGCCGCAGGACAUCUUCAUGACCCCGGACGUGCUCUUCGAGGCGUUUUUCGGGAUGCACCCGAGCCGCCGCGCACACUACCAUCGCAACGCUUACGAGCACCACUACGCUCAGCACGCGUCCAGUAGCUCCUCCUCCCACCACUCGGGCUACCACUCGACGUCGCGGCAGUCGGCUUCUUCGUCGUCCCACUCCGGUGGGCAGGCGCAAGGCGCUGCACCAACGGCUGGAAGGAUCCCCUUGGCGUUUUGGUUUCCGUUCGUGGGCCUGCUCAUAUUCGCGUUCAUGGGGGUGUUCUUCGGCGGCGAGCCGCCGCAGUACCAGUUCUCCAACAGCGCGCGCUACAGCCGCAUGCUGUCCACUCAGCUGAACGGCGUGGUGUACUACGUGGACCCGCGCGUCUUCGAGCGCCGGUACCCGCCCAACUCGGUGGACCGCGUGCGCCUGGAGUACGAGGUCGACUACCACUACUUCGACAACAAGUGCGCGCGUGAGAAGGCGGAGAACGAGCGCAAGGCCUACGACUACAUAUCGCGCCUGCAGGUGCCUCCGAAGGACCUGAACGACACGCCCGCCAGCUGCAGGACGCGCGAGUCGCUGCACGCAACGUAUUCCGAUUACCUGCGCCGGCGUACUGCGCCCCGCUAG